AACAUAAACAGGCUGACCAGGACCACAGGGACCGGAGGAGCCGAGAAAGUCAGAGAAGACGCUUUUACGCAUGUUAAGAAUUAAUGAUACGGUGGUAAGAGUUUCGCUUUUACGCGUGUGUGGACGUUGUGGUCUGAGCCAUGACCCUCUCCAAGGAGUAUGAAACGUCCCAGCAGACUGGCUUGCCACUGGACGAGGAUGAAGUAUACAUAGCGGGAGAGGACGAGCCUCUCCUUGACCGGCAUCUUCUCUACCGGACGGACAACACCAGGGAGCCUAGCUCAUCCGCCGAGUCCAGCGUCGAACUGGACUGCUCUGAGUUCGACUCAUCUGGGGAGAGCGAGAAUAGUUUCUGUGCAGACACACCUUCAUUGGGAAGACCUCACGGUUCUGUAAAACCCCCGUAUUCCUACAUCGCUCUCAUCACCAUGGCAAUCUUACAGUGUCCUCUGAAGAAACUGACGCUGAGUGGCAUCUGCGACUUCAUCAGCAACAAGUUCCCCUACUACCGGGAGAAGUUUCCGGCGUGGCAGAACUCCAUCAGGCACAACCUGUCACUCAACGACUGCUUUAUCAAGAUUCCGAGAGAGCCUGGAAACGCAGGAAAAGGCAACUACUGGUCUCUGGACCCCGCAUCUGAGGACAUGUUUGACAACGGCAGCUUUCUCCGGCGCAGGAAGAGGUUUAAGAGAAACCAGCCGGAGUAUAUGAAAGAUGGACUCAUGUUUUACCCAAACUUUAGCUGUUACCGGCCUUACUGCGUCCAAAGCCAAGUGAGCGUACCGGCUGCCCCUCUCUGGUAUAUGCCGGUUCAGGACGGGCUCGUGAUGCUACCUUCCUCCUAUCUACCAUACCCGAGUCUAAGCAGCAGCUGUAAGGUAGUUGCCCCCAUGGACUUCAGAAAGCAACUUUGCGCAGCAACUCCCGCAGUACAGAAGGCUGCGAGCGACACACAUACGAAGUGUUCAUUCAGUAUUGACAGCAUUAUGACUAGAACCUUUCCUUAUGUAUCACAUGACUCAAAUCCACAGAACUCUGUUCGUCUUCUCACGGGCCCUGCUUGUUUGGUUCCCGAGCCUGAUUCCAGCUCCAAUGACUCCAUUCUGCCCAAAUGCAAUGUUGAGCGCUGUUCCUUCAAUAACAGAGAAUGUCCAAACGCCUUACCGUAGUUGUUGAAGUGUUUGUUUGUUACAGCUUUAACCAAAGAAACCCCUGUGUUUGUAUACAAGUGAUAAAAUGAUCCAAUGGAGGCACGUUUACGCGUUUCUCAAAGAAAUGAUUUAAUUAAACUGCAUAUUGUUUAUGUUCAUUCAAUGUUGAAUACAGUAUGUCAAAUGAAGUUAAUGUACAUAUGUAGACUGGUAAUAUAUUUGUUAAAAUAUGGUGUCAAUGUGAAAGUGGAACCACUUUUGCCAAAUGUUUUAAAAAUCCAUUGUAUUUUGAUUUUCGUCAUUGAAAUGAAACAAUAAAAAUAGUUUGACCGUACCGUCAGUUUUUUUGUUGUUGCGGUGUUUGAUUAUGCUUAGGCCAACUUAUUUCCUUCCCCACAUUUUAUUACACUUAGAAAUUGACUGCUAAAGAUGCCAUCUAUUAGUACAAAAUAA